AGGGAAAAAUACAACGGCAGAUGGCUAUGGAUCGAUGCCAUAUGUAUCAACCAGGAGGACACCAAUGGAAGAAACUGCCAAGUUCAACAAAUGGGAGAUAUAUACUGGGAAGCUACCCAAGUGCUUUCCUGGCUCGGAACCAACAGACACACUUCCUGGUUUCUAAAAACUAUUCGCGAGAACCCGGAAGUCUCGCCGAAUUUUUUCCUUGCGAACGAAUAUUGGAAGCGCGCAUGGAUCACGCAAGAGAUAGUAAAGGCUCGCAAGAUUAUUCUC